CACUCUGGAAAACUUUACCUACUCUAUCAAUCUGGGCUUAUCUGUGAUUAAAAUUAGAACUAUGUCCUUGGAGUUUUCUUUUAUUUCAUGAUACUUUUCCAUGGCACUCUUUGAAAAGAUAAGGCUCACUAUAAAGGGAGCUUUCAGUGUUGUCUGGUUGUCUGUGAAAACUGAGAAUCGCCACGAUGCUGCUGCUGUGGAUACUCUCACUAUUUCUGGAAACUGUAGCAGGAGGUGAAGUCUGCUUUGAUAGACUUGGCUGCUUCAGUGAUAAUAAACCAUGGGCAGGAACUUCAGAAAGACCCCUGAAAGGCUUACCUUGGGACCCCUCAGCCAUCAACGUCCGCUUCCUUCUAUACACUAAUGAGAACCCAAACAACUACCAAAGGAUUACUGCUGAUUCGUCAGUUAUCAGGAGCUCCAACUUCAAAACAGAUAGAAAAACUCGCUUUAUUAUUCAUGGAUUCAUAGAUAAGGGAGAAGAAAAUUGGCUGGCCGAUUUGUGUAAGGCCUUGUUUCAGGUGGAAAGUGUGAACUGUAUCUGCGUGGACUGGAGAGGAGGCUCCCGAACGUUAUACAGCCAGGCUUCACAGAACAUCCAGGUUGUGGGGGCAGAAGUGGCCUAUCUGAUCAAUUUCCUUCAGUCUCAACUGGACUACCCACCUUCCAGUGUCCAUAUCAUUGGCCACAGUCUGGGUUCCCAUGCUGCUGGGGAGGCUGGAAGGAGGACCAAUGGGGCCAUUGGACGAAUUACAGGGUUGGAUCCAGCUGAACCUUACUUUCAGUAUACCCCUGAAAUAGUUCGAUUAGAUCCCAGUGAUGCCCAAUUUGUGGAUGUGAUUCACACAGAUGGUAACCCAAUAAUCCCUAAUUUAGGAUUUGGAAUGAGCCAAACUGUGGGUCACCUGGAUUUCUUUCCAAAUGGAGGUUUACAAAUGCCUGGAUGUCAAAAGAAUAUUCUCUCUCAGAUUGUUGACAUAGAUGGAAUCUGGGAAGGAACUCGGGACUUUGCAGCCUGUAAUCACUUAAGAAGCUACAAAUAUUAUAUUGAUAGCAUUACCAACCCUAAAGGCUUUGCUGGAUUCUCUUGUGACUCAUACAGUUCUUUCUCUUCAAACAAGUGCUUCCCCUGUGCAACAGGAGAAUGUCCACAAAUGGGUCACUAUGCUGAUAAAUUUCCUGGAAAAACAAAAGAAAAUUUCCAAAACUUUUACCUCAACACUGGUGAUAAGAGCAAUUUUUCACGUUGGAGGUAUCGGAUAGCGGUCACAUUGUCAGGGCAGAAGGUUACAGGGCAUGUGCUGGUUUCUUUGUUUGGAAAUGCGGGAAACACUAAGCAGUAUGAAAUUUACCGGGGCUCUCUCAAGCCAGGAAACAAUCAUUCUAAUGAGAUUGAUUCUGAUGUGGACGUUGGGGACUUACAGAAGGUUAAAUUUAUUUGGUACAACAAUGUGAUCAACAUAACCCUACCCAAAGUGGGAGCAUCCAGGAUUACAGUGACCAGAAGUGAUGGAAGAGUGUUCGAUUUCUGUAGUCAAGACACUGUGAGGGAGGAAGUUCUGCUCACCCUCCAGCCGUGUUAGAAUACUGGUAACAUAUGGCCGCUGAAUCUUACUGCUAAU